AUGCCGCCGGCUUCCGCGAAAAGCGCCAAGCGCGCCCCCCAGGAUGACAAGAUUGUCUCCAAGAAGGGUCUGUUCGACGACUCUUCGUCCAGCAGCGAAGACGACCAGGAGGAUGGUGGUGCUACUCUAGGGCCCUCGGCCGAGCUCAAGAUCAACGAGGAGUACGCUCGCAGAUUUGAACACAACAAAAAGAGGGAGGAAAUGCACAGACUGCAAGAAAAGUACAAACCGGGCGGCGAGGCGGAACAGGAGUCCGAGUCAUCCUCCGACGAAAGCGAGGACGACGAGGCCGUGCUUGCGACCGAGGAUCUGGAUGCCGAAAUAUCGGCUACGCUACAGGCGAUUAAGAACAAAGACCCCCGGAUUUACGACAAGGAGGCCGUUUUCUACAGGCCCUUCGAUCCCGCCGCUGAGACGAAGCCGAAGGCGGAGAAGCCUAUGUUCCUACGCGAUUAUCACCGUGAGCGGUAUAUGAGCGGUGAUGUUGGCGCUGACGAUGAUAGUGCUCCCGCUGUUGACGUCCCGCGGACCUACGUGCAGGAGCAAGACGACAUAAAGAAGUCCAUCCUCUCCGAGAUCAAGGCCGUCGCGGCCGCCGCCGACGACGAAGAGGAAUGGAGCGAUGAUGACGCUUUCAUCAAGCCAGUCAAGAAGGACGAUGCCCCCGCAGUAAACGGCAUUCACCCGUCGCGGGCAGCCAAGAUCAGCCUCACCGAAGUCGAUGUCGCCAAUGCGGACAAGAACCCGGAGGACUAUUUGUCCAAGUUCAUGGCAUCUAAGGCUUGGGCACCCGAGGGGUCUGGUUCCAAGUGGCAAGCAUUCGAAUCUGACGACGGCGAAGACGGAAACGACAUGGCUGACGAGUUUGAGCAUGCCUAUAAUAUGCGAUUCGAGGACCCCACCAAGAGCAACGAGUUCUUGAAGACCUAUUCGAGAAACAUGGCCGCGGCCCGCUCGGCGAGAAAGGAGGAGCUUACAGGCAGGAAGAAGCAGAGAGCCCUCGAGAAGGAGCGAAAGGAGGCCGAGAAGCAGGAGCGCGAGGCAGAACGAGCCCGCCUACGACGCUUGAAGAUUGAAGAGGCGUCGGGCAAGCUCGCCAUGAUCAAGAAGGCUGCGGGCAUGAGCGGCAAGAAUCUGACUGACGAGGAAUGGCUGAAAUUUUUGGAUGAUGCCUGGGAGGAUGACAAGUGGGAGGAGGAGAUGAAGAAGCGGUUCGACGAAGAAUACUACGCCGAGGCGGACGAGAUGUCACUUGAUGAGGAGGAGGAGGAGGACGGGGCAGAGAAGAAGAAGAAGACAAAGAAGCCCAAAAAGCCGAAAUGGGAUGAUGACAUCGCCAUCGACGACAUCAUCCCCGAUUUCGACGACGAGGCCAAGCCCGCCGUCACCCUCUCAGACGACGACGACGAAACCGCCGGCCCACAGCCCGAAGAAGAAGAAGCAGAAUCCGGCGACGAGCGCCCCUCCAAAAAGCGCAAGACCACCAAAGACAUCAAAAACGAGCGCAUCGCCGCCAAGCGCCAGGCCCGCGCAGACCUCGCCAAGAUCGAAGCCCUCGUCGACACCAAGAUGGAGCUGGACAACCCACGCGCCCUGCAGCAGCAAGCCUCCUCCAAGGCCUCCUCCUCCAAAGCCCAGGGAGGCGGCGGUUUCCGCUACCGCGAGACCUCCCCACAAUCCUUCGGCCUCACGGCGCGCGACAUUUUACUCGCACCAUCCGACGCGGCCCUCAACGAGUUCGCCGGCCUCAAGAAGCUGGCGACCUUCCGCGACGCCGAGAAGAAGCGCAAGGACAAGAAGCGCCUGGGCAAGAAGGCGCGGCUGCGCGAGUGGCGCCGCGAGACGUUCGGACGGCAGUUUGAGCAGUCCGGCCCGACGUACGGCUUUGAGGCGCUUGUUGGCGGCGGCGGCGAGGAACAAAGAUCGCACGGGAGCGGCGCGAAUGCCGUUACCGAGAAGAGGAGGUCGCAUGAGAAGAAGGAGAAGAAGGAGAAUAAGCCUGCUGCUGCUGAGGGGGAGGCGGGCGCGAGUGGGAUUGUGGAGGGGGAGAGGAAGAAGAAGAGGAAGAGGUCGAAGAAGGGGAAGAAGGGUGUUGAGGUCGAGGAGUAA